UCAUCUGCGCUGCAAACAAUGCAGCCUCACAACCUGUCGCUCAGCUCCAACUCCCACAAAAGCCUCUCCGUCAUCAUCAAGGUGUGCGCGGUCAUCCCUUUCUUCUGCCUCUUCCUGUGCUGCGUCAUCGUCAUGCUCCACAUCUUCGCCUCCCACCGCCACUUCCUGGAGACGUCCCGCUACACCCUCUUCGCCUGCAUGCUCGUCAACGACACGCUGCAGCUGUUCUUCUCCGUGCUGCUCUUUCUCCUCUCUAUGGGCCAGGUGACGCUGGCCCUGGUGUACUGCGCCCCCUUGCUGUUUGUCUCCCUCGUCACCUUCCAGAACACGCCCCUGAUCCUGGCCGCCAUGUCUCUGGAGCGCUACGUGGCCAUCGUUUAUCCCCUCCACCAGCCAGCCAUGUGGCGCUCGGACCGGCUCUGGGUGAUGGUCCUGGUCCUGUUCAUCUUAAGCUGCGUCUUCCCCAUCGCCAUGUUCUCAAUACGGCCGCUCGACCCCGCCGAGGACAUCCUCACCACGCAGCAUGUGUGCAAAAACUUCAAUAUCAACUCCUCCCCGACGCAGACCCUCCUCAAGGUCGGCGUCCACGUGUCCGUCUUCUCCUUGGUGGCCAUCGUCGUCCUCUUCACCUACGUGCGCAUCCUGCUGGAGACCAGGAAGCUGAGGCAUGACCGGGCCUCUGUGGGCCGUGCCAUGCACACGGUGAUGCUGCACGCCAUCCAGCUGCUGCUCUGCAUGCUUGCCUUCUUGUACCCCAUCACCGUCAACUUUAUCCAGCUGCACGGUGACUGGUCCAAACAGGACGUGGCCUUUUUUAACUACUUCUGCUUCAUGCUCAUCCCCCGCUUUCUCAGCCCGCUCAUUUACGGUUUCCGCGAUCAGAGCCUGCGAGGCUACAUCGGGAAGACCUUUAAUUGCUGCUUUAAGAAGGCAAACCUCCAGGUCCAGACCUGAGACCGCCAACUUGGCACUUUCUUCAAUUCUGCCUUUACCAACAUAAGUUUGUCAUAUUUCCUGCUUCCACGGUGACGCAAUGCAGUUAUACGCUGCAAACGACACUAAUAAACAAACAUUGCAUCCGGAUAGUAUUCACAGCGCUUUAUUAUUAUUUCACACAUUUGGUAAUGUUACAGUCUUAUUCCAAAAUGGAAUAAAUUCAUCUUUGU